ACAGGCAACUAAAAUAGGGCACCAAAGUACAGAAGCUCAUGUUCAAAGAGUCUUAAUUUGACAGAAUACCACCAAACUAGGUCACUGGCUCUUAUAAGAUGUUUCAUUUGCGCAACAGAGAUCACUUCAGUUAGGUGCUUCUCACAAAGCAAGUCAUCGGGGGAAGUUGUUAAUUACUGCUAAAUAUAUAUUUGGAUUGUAAUCUGAUGAGAAAAAUACUGAAUGACAAAGGUAUGCAGGCAGCAUGAAAUUCUGACAUGCUGUGUAUUUUUCUGGGAGGAAGAAGAAGGAUGAGCUGAAAUGAACCCCAUGACAAUUUGGAAAUUUAUCAUAGUAUUUAUUUUUUCCAUUAAAGGUUGUCCUUUGAACACUGCUAUUCGCGUGCACUUCAAUGACCUCGGCAGCCUCACAGUAAAACCAGCUCCACCCUUCCUCCUUGGCACAAACCUGACAAUUUACUGCCACAUCAAAGAGUGUACUCAAAGGAGCAAAAUCUUCCUUGAACUACAGAACAGCAAGAUUUUGGAUCCGUCAGAAAGAAUCAGCUGCACCACGGCAAUGUUCCAUCUGUUUAAUGUGCAGGUGCCAAAGUCUACAGUGGUUUGCAAGUUGAAGAAUGGGGACAUUUUAAAGAAUGUUAAUGGAAUGGUUCUACAAGGCGGGUUCCCUCCAGAUAAACCUAAGAAUCUUAUCUGUGUCACUACCAAGAGCUCAGAUUCUAUAGGCUGCUCAUGGUUUAAAGGACAGGAAACAUACCUCCCUACUGCUUACAACAUUUCAAUCAAACGAGAGAAUGGGACCCAGGUACUGAUGGAUCAGAUCAAGGGUUCUGAAGAAUUCCCCCUGCCACGUUCAAAGAUUGAUGAAAACACUACAUACCAGUUAAAUAUUACAGCUUACAACCACUUUGGAGCAUCACAGUCUGAUCCAUUUUACCUUUGCGUGAAGGACAUAGUGAUACCAGAGACUCCUCAUAUCAUUCAGCUGGAGUUUGUGAAUAAUUCUGUAGCAGCCUUGUUGCGAUGGAAAUCAGUUGAAUCCACAAAGCAUCUGAGAUCCUGUGUGAGGCUGCGCACAAAUAAAACUUCCUGGAGUGCUGGAGAGGUAACACAGCACAGCGAGGGUCUGAUAAAAGUGGAAGGUCUCAAGCCUCUAACUGACUAUGAGUUCCAAAUAAGAACAUGCUUCCCACUAUCAGGACGGACACCUAUAAACAGGCUCUGCUUCACAUCUCCAUUAGCCUCCAACAGAAGGUCACUUUGCAGCAAAUGGAGCUCAACGGUGAAAGGAAGAAGCCCCGGAAAAUGUCCAUCUGAGAAGCUGCAUGUGUGGAGGAUUUUAAGCCACAUGGGGACAAAUGGGCGAGAGAAGGUGACUGUUUUGUGGAAGCCUCCAUCUCCAGAAGAUUACAGUGGCGAGGUGCAACACUACAUUAUCUUUAUUGGCAAUGAAAAGAAAAAGAACAAGACUUGCACUGCUACUGCGAGCCAGUGUUCAGUACAAGCAGACGUCCAGGAGCUCAGCAUCAGUAUGGUCACCCCAUAUGGGAUGUCUCCACCUGCUGAUGUGCCUCUUAGACAAUCAGGAAACGAUGGGCCUGUUAUUAGAGAGGUGGCACCUGCAGCCAAUGGCAGUGCUGUUUCUGUCUCCUGGUCGGGGUCAGAGAACAAACACGGGUCUGCAUCUGAAGAAAAACUGCUUCACUAUGUGCUGGAAUGGAAAAGAAUAUCUGUAGCAGAGCAGCAAUGGAAAAAGUUGGACCCGGAUGAAAACAGAAUAUUGAUCACAGGCCUGACUGCAGGUGUGAGGUACAAAAUCUCUCUGUUUGCUGUGACCACUAGAGGUGUCAGUGCUCCAUCAUCCCGUCUGGUCUACUCUCAAGAGCAGAAACCGCAAUCCAGUCCCAGUAUGUCAGUACUGGUUCAUAAAGCCAGACAGAUCCAGAUCCAGUGGGGUGAGCUGCCUGUUGGUCAGCAGAGAGGCUUCAUCACAAACUACACCAUCUAUCUCCAGACACUGAACUCCAGCAACAAAGAACUCAGAGUGACGGUGUCUGGCCACGAGCCCAGAGAGAGGUGGCUGGACUGUCCUGAUGGAGCUCUGGCUCUGCAGAUGACUGCAUCUACCUCAGCUGGUGAAGGGCCACGGGGGAGCCAGAUUUCCUCUCAGCCUGCAGCACCUGCAGUUGGCCUGGUGAUUGUGAUGGUUUUCAUCAUUACUAUUUUCAUAGGGAUCUUAUCCAACCUGCUGUGCUGGAGUUGUGUAAGAGAAAGUAUCAAACAGAAAUGUAUAUCCUGGGGGCCUGCUUGUAUUGGUGAAAACUUACCGAAACCAGGAAACAGUUAUGCCAUCACACUCCUGAAGCACAACCGGAGUGAUUUUUCCUUCUCGUCAACCUACAGUGACCCCCCGCUGUCCCCUGUCAGUCUGAUCUCUCAGGAGGAAAGAGAUGAUGUAUACCCUAAUGUGCACAUGGAUUUAUAUCAGGACAGGCCAGGACAGUCCGCAGUGGAGACGCCUUUGCUGAUGUCAGAUCCUAUGCUAACGCUUUUUGGCAGUCAGCUGGAAAACGUCAGCUACAAACCUCAGGUUUCCAUGUUGGCUCUACAAGAAGAGGAGUCAGAGGAGACAGAAGAAGAGCAGAGUGACAUACCAGCAAGUGGACAGGAGGAGGGCAGAUGUUCAGGUGUACCAGGAGGAUUACUUGGAGGCCUGCUGUCCAGUGUGGAGGUGGAGUUCUCUGUUUCACCUCUGGGGCUGACUCUCGGCCCUGUGAGUGAUCUCCUGUGGCCUAAAACCACUGAGACGAUAAGUGUCUUUAAAGGAGGCUACUCACCAGAGAGGAACAGGACUGAGAAAGAUGUGGAGGUGGACUCUCCCUGCCAGGACUUACAGCAGGAUGAAAUAAUGAUUUGUGACCCUGCAGACACUUGUGUAUCUCAAUAUAGAGCUGAGACAUCACUGACUAGUGGUUAUUUUCCCCAGGUAGCUGCUGUCAGCAGAUCGACACAUUCUGACACACAGCUAGCAGGGCCUUUGGAGUGACACAAACAAAACAACCUGUUCAAGUGAACUAUUUUUCAAGAAGGCAUUAUAAAGAACUAUUCACUUCAAAUGAAGACCUCAGCAACUCUUUGUAACAAGUAAAUAAGGCUCAAGACAAGCUCUAAAUAUAUAUGUUCGACUUGAUGUUUUUGUACUCCUCACAUGGAUUUUGUACACAUCAUUUUCCAUCUACACAUACUUAUAACCAAAUAAAGUUUUUGUCCAAAAAGAAGAUAUUCCAAGUACCAAUCAGUUAAUACACCACUUUGGUCCCUUAAGGUGAACCCUGGCAAGUUUUGUGAUCAGCUGAAUUUAAUGCCAAAAGAAGUCAGUGCUUUGAAAAAAAUUAACAUAACAAUAGCGUUUUGUGCAGAUAUUGGUGGUUCACAGAUGAAGUUUUGAAAUAACGUUGUUGUCCCCUAACAUGUCCUUUUGAGACUGGUUGUAGUGGUAUUCAAUAAAAAUGUCUCAUCAACUUCAA